CUCCCUAAAAGGAGUAUAUAUAUUGCGAACAAGCUCCUUUAUAAACUUGGUAAUUACUCAACAGUCACCAUUCUCUCAAAUACAGAAACACCAACAAUCCAGUCUACACCUACACGAAAACAUGGCUACCCGUGCUAUUGCAGUCAUUGGUGGUACCGGCGCCCAGGGAAUGCCCGUUGUGAGGGAUUUGGCAAGUUCUGGCACCUACACCGUUCGGGCCUUGACCCGCGACCCAAGCAGCUCUCGCUUCAAGGAGAUCCAAUCCUACGGCCCCCCUGGAGCUGUUGAGGCUGUUGUGGGCACAUUCGCGUCCGAAGAAAACCUGAGGGAGCUCUUCCGCGGUGCCUGGGGCGCUUUCGUCAAUAUUGACGGGUUCAACUGCGGCGAGAAGACCGAAAUCUAUUGGUCGAUUCGUGCGUACGAGCUUGCCAUCGAAGAAGGAGUCAAGUUCUAUGUCUACAGCAACCUCGCCUAUGCCUACAAGCUGAGUGGCUAUAAGCCCGAAUUUCGUGGCGGCCACUACGACGCCAAGGGCAGAAUUGGCGAAUGGAUUCUCUCUCAGAAUCCAGAGGUCAGUCGACUCCACGGCAUGCAGGCCGCACUGUUCUCAACGGGUCCGUACAUGGACAUGGCGAUCUACGCCUACACGCCUAUGCCCCCCCUUGUCGAAGAUGGUGUUGUCACUUGGCGGGUUCCUCUUGGAGAGGGAGCCGUCCCCGAAGUUGCACUCGAGGAUUGCGGAUACUACGUCAAAUGGUUGUUCGACCAUCCUGAGCGCGCAAAUGGGAUGGACCUUGAUGUGGCUAUUGAGCACGCCACAUACACCGAAGUCGCAGAGGCUUUUCAGAAAGUCACGGGCAAGCCAGCACGGUACAUUGACACAAGCUUUGAUGACUACUUCACCGCCGUCCCUGUUGCCGAACUCCCCACAGGUUAUAACGCUGACCCAAAGGAUCCGGCUACAAUGAAAUACCGAGACAACUUCACGGGUUGGUGGAAUUUGUGGCGUCAUUCGGCUGGGAACAAGGGCUUAAUUCGGAAGAAUUACGAGCUUCUCGACGAGAUUUACCCAGGUCGUAUUAGAACUGUCGAAGAGUGGUUUAGGCGCGAGGACAAGCGAGGCAGGGACCUGGGGCUUGGGAGCCUGUGGGAAAGAGUUCAGCCUGAGAAUAUUGGCUUUGUGCUCAAGAUACAUGACGAUAACAGACAGGGGGCACUUUAG